AUGACCGUAAGAUCGGCCUUGUAUGAUUACGAUGAUUUCGAGGAAUGUCGGAGAACUUAUCGUGAUAAGUACCUAUACUGCAUCGUUCGAGCUCACUUUAGUCCGGAUGAUGAAUCACUUUUGUGGAAAAAUUUGAGUAGUUAUUCUGAACAUCCAUUCCGCUAUGAUCGUCGGAUUCAAGAACGAGGAAUAUGUGUUCCGGACUGUGAACGCUUCUCGCAAGGUGUUCAGCUUUCCGAUGCCAGUGGUUACGACGAAGACGACACCUACGUCGACCUGUUCAGGUCCUGCAUCAAUUUGAAAUUGGAAAAGCAUUAUAAUAUUCGAGCCGGCACGAAUAUUGAAAUCGUUCAUUGCUACAGCGAGGCUACAGCACACCCUUCCUAUGACUACAUGGAGAUUCUAUUCUGCAUCAUUUUCGGCCAACUCCUGGUGUUCGUGUGUUUCUCAACCUGGGCAGAUCUUCGGAUACAGAAGGACCAACGUUUUCCGAAGAGUUACUUUUCCAGAAGUCAUACAACCAGACGCGAACGUCUGCUAACUUCAUUUUCAGUGCCGCGCAAUAUUCGUCACCUCAAAAGUCCUGUGAAUAGCGCGAUCCGCAAGGAGCUACAGUUUCUCGAAUCAUUUCGGUUCGUUCAAAUAUACCGCGUCAUCCUGUUGCAUGUGAUUGUUGGUGUGAUAAAAGCUCCGACGGUCAACCCAGAAUCAAUAGAACAGAUGCUGAGUAAUCCGGCGGCGAUUACCUAUGUGGCUGAUUUCCAGAACUACGUUCAAACUUUCCUGUCUAUAUCCGGAAUGUUGCUGGCUGUGAACUUCCUUGAACACACCCGAAAAAAUCCCAACUUUAGCAUAAACUAUUUCUGGGAUCGUCUCGUAGCGAGAAUAAUUCGCUUGGUUCCGGCCUAUCUGUUUAUUAUGCUUUUGGAAGUAUCGAUUAAUCGUCGUUUCCAGGGCGGUCCUGUCGGACAGCAUUUCAUUGGGGCCACACGAGACAAGUGUCGACAGAUAUGGUGGAUCAACCUUCUCUUCAUCAACAACUUCCUGCACACUGAUCAACCGUGUCUUAUCCAAAUGUGGUACCUUGCCACCGAUCUGCAGCUGUACGCAUUUUCCAUCGGUGCACUUAUGCUGAUCUGGCGGUGGCCAGUCCUUAAGAAGUAUGUGUUUGCUGCCAUCUCUAUAUGGGGACUAGGAUUCGUAACCUUAAUCGUGUAUGUUCGUUCCAUACCACCGGUAAUGACCGAAGAUCUGAAGUUGAGUCCUUGGUACAACUUUGGACAUCGCUACUUCCUGCUGUACCAACCUUUCUACACGAACAUCACCGUGUACUUCGCUGGAAUUCUCGCCGGAUUUCUCUAUCAUCGAUAUCGAGAAUCUCGUCAGGAAGUGCUGAACUCUCGGUUCUUCAAACUCGUGUUUUACACUUUGCUGAUGAUGCAGUUCUUCGCCAUAUUCAGUGUCAGCUGGGUUGUUCGGAACCAGGACACACUGCAUCCCAUUUUGUCUGCGAUCUAUGCCACUGGCUUCAAGUAUAACUGGGGAGUGUUGUCUACGGUGAUACAACUUCAAACAGCACUGCUACCGCAACAAUCGCGCUUUCGGAGCUUCUUCAGUCAUCCGAUUUUCGUGGUGUUGGGAAAACUGUGCUACAGUUUCUAUCUGAUCCACUUUUCCAUAAUACUGCAGGUCGUCGGUUCGGUCAAACAGCCGAUCUACUACAGUGUUCGAGGUGUGGUAAGUAUCCAGUUGACAUGAGCUGAGCUGAGUAAGGAUUGCGACAUUGUUUUAAUCUUCGUUGUUUUGUUCUAGUUCGAUUACAUGAUGCAGGUUCAGAUGUUGACGAUUGUAUUUGGUACUUUGCUAUGCAUUUUCGUUGAAAUACCAACACGCGUAGCUUUAACGGAAUUGAUUCAAGGAGAGAAGAGUGGCGACUCGA